AUGUCGCACAAAGGACCAGGCACACAGACAUACCUAGACGCUCCAAAAGAAUUAGCAAAAGCAGAAGUAAAAAAAAAAGAGUUAUCCGCGACAAGCGUACUUGGCGGUUUAAUUAUCCCUACGCUUUACCAAGUCCUGUCCUUUUCCCCCCCUCCGCUGCAGCCGGAAACAGCAGCCAGCCAGCAAGCCAAAAAAAAAUAUGCGCCCAGUAUGUUGCAACACAUGGACAGAUUCAGCCCUGGCUGCUUCACCACCACACCAUGCAUCCAUCACUACACCUACAAUCAUGCUGCCCUCAACCCUCCAACCCCCCCGGUCACUCGUGCUCGCCCAUCCGUCGUACAUAGACACAACACACCCGCCCACAAGACCCGGGGGCUUGGCAAUGACGCAUACCAGGGGCCCAUAUCGCCCGAAAAAGAAACAAAGCAAGCAAGCAAGAACGCGGCAAGGGGUGGGUGCGGGCAGGACGCCCCCUCCGCUGCUAGUUACACAUGGCACAUACGGCGGCUUGCAUGCAGCGCCGUUGCCGUGGGUUUAUUUGUGCCGUGCAAGGAGCGGAGGCAGCGAGCGGCAGAUGAUGCUGAUGAUGAUGAUGCUGAUGGUGCUGAUGAUGAUGAUGAUGCUACCUACCACUGCCACUGA